AGCAGGCUCUGAGGUCACAGAGGUGCCAGAGCCCCGUGGCUGCACAGCACCACAAGGACCGAGCAGUCAGUCCUUGAGCACAACUGUUGCGGCAGCAGCAGCGGUGGCAGCAGUGGUGCUGACAUUGGGACAGCGGUGUCAGGACAGCGGUGGCAGCAAGAGCUGGGGACUGGCAGAGGGCAAGGCACCAUGGCCCUUGCUCUGCGCCUCUUCCUCCUGCUCCUCCUGGCCGUGGCCCUGCCUGCCAGGGCUGCCCAGGCUGCUCCGCUGCAAGCGCGGGGAGCAGAUGAGCAUGCUAGGAAGGCUUCUCCAGCAGCUUGGCUCCAUGCAGAUUUCCAGCCUCUUAAGCCUCCUGCAGGUGUGUCUGCAGGGAGGACUUUCCCAGGUCCUCUGGUGGAUGUUGCACACAAGCCCGGCUCCCAUCGCAGGGGUCCCCUGAGAAGGAAGAACAAACCUACAGGAGAGAGGAAGUCCCUGGAGGCAUCCAAACAUCUGGAACAAAUCCUGAGUGAUGUGGAGAGACGUGGUGAUGCAGCCGGCACCUCAACACAUGCUGACAAGACCUGGAAAAGCAUGAGAAGAGUUUUCUGCUGGGGAACACCUUGUUUGGUUAAGUUGAUGGCCACUGUGCUUGGUGUAGCACUGUGCCUGAUGAUUUGCUCUGUUGGAAUCUGGUAUUGCUGGAAGAGAAAAUGGUGCUCCUGCCCAUCUUCAGAAGACAAGCCUAACAACUCCGGCAAAGUGAACUUGACCCGUGUUUCCAGCUCUUCACUUCUGUCCCCAUCUGCCCUGCCGCAGCUGCAGCACCCUCUUGAGCCCUUUCCAAAACUCAUCCCUCCAGAAAACCCUCCGCCCCUGAGCCCCCUGGUCCUGUUCCCCAACUAUAACUAA